AUGUCUUCGGAAGAUAUGGAACUCGCUGUCAAACACUUCUUCUCAUCCCCGCGCUUCGCCGUGGCGGGUGCAAGCACUGAUGCGAGCAAGUUUGGCUACAAACUGCUCGCCUGGUACCACCAGCACUCACUGCCAGUAACCCCGCUCAACCCCAAGGCUCCCGAAAUCCAGCUGCGCUCAAAGUCCUAUGCCACUGUGAAAUCACCAUCCGAGCUCUCCUCUCCAACACAAACGUCACUAUCAAUAGUUACCCCGCCAAAAGUGACCCGGGAGAUUUUGAAGGAGGCGCAUGCCCUAAAUAUUCCUGCUGUGUGGCUGCAACCAGGGACCUUUGAUGAUGAAAUCCUCGAGUAUGCGAAGAAGAACUUCAAGGCGGCGAUUGGGGGUGAGGGUGGGAAUGGAGGUGAGGGAUGGUGUGUGUUGGUGGAUGGUGAGGACGGCUUGGAGGCUGCGGGCAGAGACUGGACACUCCAGAAGCUGUAA